AUGGACGACCUUGCACAAUCUUGGAGGAAACUAACUCUAUCUGAUAGAGAAGGGCCAGGAUGUCUCACUGCGGAUGAAAAUUUCUCUAUAGCAGCAAAAUUUCUCACCAAAAGGGCCAUUAACGUUGAUAUCAUAGCUAGAACUUUUACGCCAUUAUGGAGAGUUCAAAAUGGUUUUAAGAUUAAGGUCAUUGGGGAUCAUAAGAUUCUUUUCUCCUUUGAGAAGAAAAAGGAUGUGGACAGAAUCAUGAGUAGCGAACCUUGGAGUUUCGACAAACAUUUGGUGAUUAUGCAUCGCUACGAGAACGAGGGGCCUUUACAAGAAAUCAAGUUUGACAGGACGGUUUUUUGGGUUCAGAUACAUGGAGUCCCAAUGAGAUAUAUGACUAUUGAAGCAGUAGAAAAAAUCUGUAGUACUGUGGGAAAGGUGAUUCGACCUACGGAUCCUAGAGUUUAUGAUGGCGGUAGUUUCUUGUGUAUCCAAGUGUCCAUAGACUUAAUUCUUCCUCUAUGUAGAGGUCUCUUAGUCUCCCUGAAUAAGGAUAAGCAGGUGUGGAUUUCUUUCAAAUAUGAGAGAUUGCCGAACUUAUGCUACUGGUGUGGUCGUCUUACACAUGAUGAUAAGGACUGCGAUCUUUGGAUAGAGAGUGAAGGAACAUUGCAAGCUGAGCAGAGGGAGUUCGGGUCACAUCUAAGAGCUGCUCCAUUCAGUAUGUCACGAAAGAAUAUCAUCGCUGUCCCUGGGUAUUACUCCACGAGGAAGACGACUAACACAGAAGCCAGUACGGAGUCUUAA